UCUGUCCCGGCCAACACGGACGGCUGAGAUCUGUCUUGCCCGUGAGCUCGGUGCACCUCAAAACUGAAUUCGUCCCUUGUCUUUCCCGUGCUCAAUCCCCGACAUUCCGCUGCUUGUUGGUCUUCAGAUCUCUCUCUUGCUCUUACACAGCUUCAGUCAUUUCGAUUUGAUGCGCCAUGGUGGUUUGCAAAUGCCGCAAGGCAACUCGGAUUUAUUGCUUCGUGCACAAGGUUCCUGUAUGCGGGGAAUGCAUUUGCUUUCCCGAGCACGAAAUAUGUGUGGUCCAAAAAUACUCUGAUUGGGUAGUUAAUGGAGACUAUGAUUGGCCUCCUAGUUGUCCUCGGUGCCAAGCAGAGCUUGAAGCUGGAAGUGAAAUUACUCGAUUGGGUUGCUUACACGUUAUGCAUACCAACUGUUUGGUGUUACAUAUUCAAAGCUUCCCACCUCAAACUGCACCAGCAGGAUAUGUUUGCCCUCAAUGCUCAUCUCCUAUUUGGCCACCUAAAAACAUUAAAGAUACUGGAUCUUGCUUGCACACGAAACUGAAGGAAGCAAUUGUUCAGAGUGGCCUUGAGAAAAAUAUAUUUGGAAAUUACCUUGUGUCAUUACCUCCAUCAGAGCUCCGUGCUGCACCUCCUGCUUUUGCUUCAGAUCCUCUUAUUCACAUAUCCGCUUCUGAGGAUGGAGAGAAGGGCAGUUCCAGUUCAUUUGAUUAUGUUAAAGAUAAAAGUGUAACCUCCUCUUCUGGUGGAUUGCUAUCUCUGAAGCAUUCUGAAAUAGAUAUUGUGGAAAUAGAGGACCCUAGCUUAGCAAAAAACCAUUUCUUAUCGGAUCAAGAUCCCAAUUUUAUCAAAAGCAAGAAUGCUACAACUCCUGGUGCCACUACACGAAAAGGAAGUCACAAUGUUGAACGGCUGAGCUCUGAAGUUUCUUAUUAUGCAGAUGAUGAAGAUGGGACACAUAGAAAGUAUACCCGAAGGGGCCCUUUCGGUCACAAGUUUCUGAGAAUGUUACUUCCCUUCUGGUCAAGUGCAUUGCCGACUCUACCUGUGACUGCUCCCUCUCGUAAAGAGAAAUUUAAUGCAGAUGAUGCUCAAGAAGGACGCACGCGUCAGCACAGACCAUCAAGAAUGGAUCCAAGGAAAAUUUUACUUGUAAUGGCAAUCAUGGCAUGCAUGGCAACCAUGGGAAUUCUGUACUAUCGCUUGGCUCAGCGUAGCCUCGGUGUUGACAUUCCAGAAGAUUUACCUCAAUGAGUGAGGUCCUUUAUCUACGUUUCUGAAGUUAUUCUUUUGUAGAGGUACAGUUUUAUAGGGCUUUAUUGCUACAGAGUUUCCGUUGGGCUAUCUGUUGCACAUUAGGAAACGCUGAAUGGGGAAUCGUUUGCUGUUGUAGGGAAUGUUUCUGCGGCUCUGUUGGAGAGGGCAUAGUUUAGUUUAUGAUUAUUUACUCAUUUAUCAUGUGAAUUCUCUUACUAGUGGAAAUGAAACGUUCAAGCUCUAACUUUUUUUAGUUUCUGGUGUUAAGUUGAUCAUAUGAGUUCUUUGUAGGGGACUUAAAACGGUUGGCUUGGCCUUCUAACUCAGUUUGGUGAAAUUUCAAAGAAAUAAACGAGGUAUG